CUGUUUUGAAAUGAAAACAGAUACUCGGCUUUGGACUUCAUAUCGUGGUGAAGAGGAAUGUCUGGAGUGCUUCCCUGUCACCAGAGUGUCUGUCUAACUGGAGCUUUGCGCUCAUGCAGCACCAUCUGUGCGUAAAAGACUGAGGAGCUCCGUCUCUGCAACUUCUAUCAGACGACCAAAUGUGAAGUUAAACCAAACCGGUUUCAGCUAUGAAGUCAGAGCAAAGCUGUGUGGACACACCCGAGAAACAAGACGUUGAUUUGGAGUUAGUGGACGUGAACACAGGAGGGGAAAACCUGGAGAAAGACUGUGACUCUGGUGAGAGAAACCAUAUGUCUGUCCUUAUUAACAGCAGCAGCUGCGCCGGAGGUCUGCGCGCAACGGAACCAAAACAUGACUUUGCAAUGAAAAACAAUAUUGCAACUAAGAGGAAAGAGGAUGCAGGAGUUGGGACAUGUGCAGAAGAUGUCAAGGAGAAUCCCUCUAAUCCAUCAGAUCUCCCAAAGUCAGAGGAUUGCCUCAAUCCAGGAGACAAAAGCGACACCAUAACGCAGCCAGAGGUGUCCAAAAAAGAGACAGAAGACACACCAAUCGAUGAGGACUGUGGUGAUGAUUAUCCAUGCGGGAGAAGAAGUGAGUCAGAUGAUUAUGACGAAGAGGAGGAUGAUGAUGAUGAUGUUACUUUGGUGCUUUCCGACGACUGCGUCCCAUGCGUAACCGAGGAUGAGUGCCAUUACAUUACCACGCACGAGAUCCUGCUCUCGGAGCUUUCUGACCAACACGAGGAGGAGGAUUGCGACCUCAGGGUGGGCUCCUCCACCUCCACCAUUGAGGAUGACAACAACCAGGUGUACUCUUUUGUCGAUUACGCACCAUUGGACGCAGCAUUGGACGCAGCAGCAGUCAGCACUCUGCUUGAAAGUGAUCCAUGUGACCUGGCCAAGUUCACCAGCUCAGAUGAGAGUGUGUCAAAGCCCCAGCAGCAGCAGCAGGAGCAGCAGUGCAAUGGCAACAGUGCAGGACAGAUCCACCUGUCAAUCAGAGCCACUUCUCGAGCUAUAAAUGACCCUGGCAGCAUCCAAGAGCAGGGAAAUAUCCUUUAUCAUGCCAGGCGCUCCGGGGACACGAGUCGCUAUGUGUUUAGUAGGGGAGUUGAUGGGAAUGGGAAGGCAGAGACGUUGUGUGAGGGAAUUGCAAAUCGCAAAUUGAGGGGAAAAGAGGUCACCGACUAUUCCAGUGGUGCGUCCAGUGAUCUGGACGACGCUGACAAGGAGGUGCGCAACCUGACAGCCAAAACCUUCAAGAGCCUGGCGUAUCCUUAUUUUAAUGCCAUCAAUUUCAGCACCUCCAGUGAGUCAUCUGCAUCAGAGCACGGCAAAGGGACCGGGAUAAGGAACAGGUGGUCCACGUUUGUCGACCUGAAAUAUGGCAAUAUGUCAAAGGGACUGGACCAAAGUGUUGUUUCCCAUCAAAACUCAUUUGCCAAAAAUCUAGACAAUAGAGGUUAUAAGGGCAUUGCACUGGCGAGCAUCAAACCACCGCCCAAGAUCUUCACUCUGAAUGGCAACUCGUCAUCAAAGCAAAUCGAGGAGCUGAUGCAUGGGGAAUUCAGUCAGGGUGGAGUGAUCAGACUCACAGAGACUCUGAAUUUUCGUUGCAAUGUGAAAUCAGGAAUGCAUGGAGGAGAAAGACACACUAAGUUUGCAGAAAAGUUUGCUGCAGGAUCACGUUCCACAGAUGAGGUUACCAACAGGUUGCCAAGCACAAGCAGCCAGAGGAAAGGGAGAGGGGCCAGCAAUGAGUCGCCCUGCAAAACCAUGGAAGACACGCACAAGAAAGCCAUAUUCGCCUCGAGUCUGAUCAAGAAUGUGAUCUCUAAGAAGAUGCAAUUCGAGCAGGAGCGCAAGAUGGAGAGAGGGGAGAUCAGAGAGACGCAUCCGAAGACUUCCCCGUGCGUAAUGCACCAGGAGCUGCACAGACAGAGCUCCAAGUUUUCCGAGAGCAGCUCUGACUAUGCCAUAAUGUUGGAUGAGUUAGGAGACAUGGUGGACAGUGGCUCAUGUGAUACCAGGAGCGACUCUCGAAGACAUCAUGCACCAGAAACUAAUUUGGAACCACCAGCAAAUGAAGCUUGGAUGAUCGAUACUAAAAAAAGUGCAUUGGAAGCAUCCAAAACUUGCACGUUGCUUCGCAGCCAAAAUAGCGCGUUCAGGUGCUGGAAGGACGAGGAGCUAGAGUUACAAAAGAAGGAUCAUAAAAACGAUACGGAGAAGUCAGCCAACGAGAAAGAAGACGAAGGGGAUCAGUACUCAGCAGGCAAACCGACUAAAAUGUCCCAUUUGUUUGUGCCAAGUAUCCAACUGCUGUCCAGUGAAGGAGAAGUUGGACAGGAGCAGCUGCAGGACAGGAGUUAUUCUCCAUAUGGAGACGGAGAUGGGACGGUAUGCAUUGAAGACUCCAGGACUGUGGCAACAUCUAAAUCUCCUGAAAUCAAAAUUAACUUAAGGUGCGUCAGAUACAAUAAAAAGGAGCCUUUUGGCGUCUCCAAACUGCGCGCUCCUAAUAUAGGCUGUAACGCAGCCAGCAGCCUCAUCAGAACAGAUGACUCGAAAUGCCAGGCGUUGGCUGCAGCUCUGCAGAAGGGUGAGUCGACAGAUAAAGUGCCACAUUUCAUGGUGAGAGACAUUCGAGAUAAUAAAGGAAAGCUGCAGACCCCCAUACACCAAGUGAGAGACGUGCGUAAAUUGGUUAAAAGUUCCUAUCACUUUGUUUCUUUGGAUAACAACGAGAAUAAUAAAUGUGCUGACUCAGAGCACAAGAAGCAAAUGUCCUAUCGAAAUCCAAAUUCUGUGUCCCCUAUUGUGAUCAAAUGUCAGUCUGUGAAUACAAAUAAUAAUGGAAAAUAUUCUGAUCUCACUGAGUCAUCUAAACAGGAGACUUUGGAUAUGGACAGGUCGUCUCCAGAGGGCGCCAGAAAUGCUCCUCUGCAAAGGGCAGCAGGGAGAGCCCCCUCAGAUGGAGUUGCUGGAUUGAGUAUUGAAAGCAAAACAGGUUCAAAGAAGCAGGAAAAGACAUCAGAUAUCACGGAUAAGAAACCUGAGUCGAAGAUGGCGAACCAGGGGGCUUUGGAGAAACUCCAGGCUGCGGUGAAAACCAUGGAGCAGCUCUAUAAAUUUGAAAAAAAUGAAUGGAAACGGAGGAAUGAGACACAUCUCCUGGGAGACGGCAGUCUGCUUUCACUGAUAGCCAGAGAAGACCAUGGAGGACUUGAGGAGGAAGGAGCCAGAGGGUUCAACAUGGACAGGAUAAUCAGAAGAGACUCCUAUCCCAACAAUGACAAGACGCCACCAGCAAGGGCGUCCCCUGGCACUGAUGGCCUGCUGAUGCGAGAGGACAAAGACCUCCCUAUGGUCUUUCAGACUCCCUCAACUAGCCGUGAGGACAGGCUGGUUGCGAGGUCAAUGCAAGCCUCUGGCACCGCAGGGAACAAAAACAUGUUCAGCCUCAGCUCUAGCCUUAAGGCCUCCACAGCGGCAAAGAUGCCCCCGCCAAACGCCAUCACACCAACACCUUUCAGCGCCAAAAGCUUCGUCCCAAAGUCCCCAAAAUUGCCUGUGUCCUCAAGAAAGAGCCAGACGAGGCUAAGUGGGAAUGAAAGAGCUGAAUCAAAGGAGGCGGAGAGGUCAAUACAGGAGCUCUUUAGCGCCUCAGCUGACAACGAGAACUACCUAACCAUUCCGGUCAAGUCUCACGCCAGCAGCAACAAACCUGCAGCCUCAUCUGCUGAUAAAACAUCAGUGUACACAUAUAGCACCCAGACACAACCAACAACUCCUACAGGACACUUGGGAUCCAGCGCCAGGGGCUUUGAAGACCACUACCAAUCCCCUCAACGCUCCAGCAUUGUGAUGGACACACACUCACCAGAGAUCCCUCCUGCCACCAUCUACCACUCUUUGCCAUAUGGCAUGUCCACCAAUCAGCCUCAGGUGUACUGCUUCUCUCCGGCGAUCACCCCUGCUCCCACCUUAGACCCCUUCCAGGCCACCCAGAGGAAGAUGCUCCUGGAUCCCACCACUGGAAACUACUACCUGGUGGACACUCCCGUGCAGCCGGCCACCAAGCGCCUCUUUGACCCGGAAACGGGCCAGUAUGUGGACGUGCCCAUGCCGCAAGCUCCUAUGACCCCGGUGCCCAUGCCGAUCUCACCUUUAGCCCUCAGUCCAGCAGCGUAUGGACAUACCUACAUGAUCUACCCAGGCUUCAUGCCGACGCCGUCCGUGAUCCCGGCCCGGACGCUGGUGCACUCGCACAUGUCGGUGCAGUCGGAGGCAGAGGGCGGAGAGAGAGCCUUGUCGCAGCAGACUGAGGGCAUGUACAUGGAGAGUCCCUUGUACAUGGCUACUGGGAAGUCUCCUCUCCAGGCGGCCCACGCGGCUCAACAGCAGGCCACUGUCGGCAGGCCGUCGCACGGCCUCUCCGGCGUCAAGCAGCCGGUCAUCAGCAUCACCUCCCAGCAGGGGCCCCGGAUCAUCGCUCCACCCUCGUUUGACGGGACCACCAUGAGCUUCGUGGUGGAGCACAGAUGAGCGGCAGCUUACCUGGACAGGGCUGAGCUCUGAGCGGACGCUGGACUGCUCUGGGUUUGUUUUAUUGGCUGGAGGUGAUGGAUCGGGGCCCUGCUAUAAAAGGGCUAAUUUUGCAUCCUGUCUCACCUUUUUCUAACUUGUACAAGAUGUGUAUAAAGUGUGUAUUUCUUGUUUUAUAACAUCACAUUUGUGAAAAAUGUGGAAGACUUAAUUUGUAGGCCUAUAUUGCAUAGACUUUGCUAGCACAGUAAUUCAUUAGCUUUUAAACUAAUCAGUUUUUGUAAUUUAUUUAAUUUUACAACACAUUAUUGCAUAAUACUUUCUAUGAUGACUGUAUCUAACAUAAUAUCUAUACCAGUUGACAUUUUCUUACCAUCUCUUGCGUGUUGGAUUUUAUGUCAAUACUCUUGCUUUAUAAUGCACAAAAGUCUGCUUUUUGCAACAUGUGUUUUUGUGUCAUAAUUAGUUAAUUAACCACGCUGAAUUCAUUAACAUAAUACUAUUGAUACAAUGUGUGUGUUGAACCUAUACAAUGGUUAAGUUUUGAUCUAUUAUAUUGAGAGUUUAUUCAUUAUUCCCUGAUCACACCAAAAUAAAACUGGACAAUCCUUCCUUCUCAUUGAAAUGUAAAGAAUAAGGUUUUAGUUUAAAGAGCAGUGCAGCUACAGGAUGCUCUAACUGUGUGACCUGCAGACCGUUUGACGUGUAUUUCUAUGUGUAUCACUGUUUCUAAGUAAUUAUUUUGACACUGACUUUUUGUUUAGGAUCUGCUGGCCAGUCCAUCCUUUACUGUUUGUUACU